AAUUUUAACACACGUAGGACAGCUGUUUGCGUGAUACGUCGCGUCGCGUUCGAAAUAUCGAUUGUCCCGUUCUGUGAAAACGACAGCGAAGUUGGAGAUGUGGACUUUAAAUUUUUAAAUGCUUCCAAGUUUGCCGUUUGGCUUUCGUCGCGGUAAUAAAUAAGAUAAAAGUGGAUCUUUGUGUCGACGAUAUCGUUCGAGUAUGAGUUGCGACUCUGAUAAGGAGAACUCGCCUCAGAAAGUGCUAAAUUCGAUUGAUAACCGGUCGUGCACCAAACCUGAGAAAAGGUUUCAUUGAAUGGCUUUUUGUGCAUGACAUUUUACGUUUUUGGAGCAGGAAACAUGACCAAUUCCCAGGUAUGGUUCAAGGGGGUGAGGAGCUCCAAAUUUCGGCACGUGUACGGCGAGCCCGCCAAACGAGACAAAUGCUACGACAACAUCCAGAUAACGAAAAACGCGCACGACUCGCAAUUUUGCGCGGUGAACCCCAAAUUCCUGGCCGUCGUUACGGAGGUCGCCGGGGGCGGCGCUUUCAUCGUGGUUCCCAUCACCUGUACCGGAAGGUUGGAUUUCAACGCGAGCAAAGUGACCGGCCAUUCGGGGCCCAUAAUGGACAUCAAAUGGAACCCUUUCAAUGACAACGUCAUCGCGUCCUGUUCCGAUGACUGUACGAUUAAACUGUGGCACAUUCCUGACGAUGGUCUGGCCGUCCACCUCACCGACUGGCUGGUGGAACUGCAGGGCCACAAGAGGCGAGUCGCCUACAUCGAAUGGCACCCUACCGCCGAGAACGUGCUCUUCAGCGCUGGCUUCGACCAUUUGAUAAUCGUAUGGGACAUAGAGAAGGGUGAAGCGAUCAACGUGAUCGACUGCCAUCGCGACGUCAUCCACUCGAUGUCCCUGAACAGGGACGGCAGCCUUUUGGCGACCACGUGCAAGGACAAGCGAUUGCGCGUCAUCGAGCCGCGAAGCGGGAUCGUCAAAUCGGAGGGGAUAUGUCACGACGGUUCCAAGGCCAGCAAGGUGGUAUUCUUGGGUUCGACGGGUCGUCUCCUCACCACCGGCUUUUCCCGCUAUUCGGACAGGCGGUACGCGGUCUGGGACCAAAACGAACUGUCCAAACCACUUUUCUCGGACACCAUCGACAGUUCCUCGGGCAUCGUGUUCCCGUUUUACGAUCCGGACACCAACAUCGUGUUCCUGGCGGGAAAAGGAGACGGCAACAUCCGCUUUUACGAGAUAUCCGACGAGCCGCCCUACAUCCACUACUUGAGUCAAGUGAUUUCCGGCAAUCCGCAGAGAGGCCUAGGAGUGAUGCCCAAACGCGGUUUGCGCACCAGUCAGUGCGAGAUCUACCGCUUCUACAAGUUGCACGCGACAAAAGGACUGUGCGAGCCCAUAAGCAUGGUGGUGCCCCGCAAAAGCGACCAGUUCCACGAGGACCUUUAUCCCAACACGGCUGCCCCCAAACCGGCAAUGUCCGCGCAGGAGUGGAUAAAAGGCGCGAACGCACCCCCGAUACUUAUGUCGAUGAAAGCCGGUGAGACUAUCAUCGACAUAGCGGCGAUAAAACAGCGCAGGUUGAAGCCACACGCCGAAUCUCCCGCGUUAGACAACAACAGAAAGAAGUUCCACUUCCUGUCGACGGAAACCAUACCAGACUAUCGGCCGAAGAGCAUCGUCAUUACCGAGCAGAACGAGAAAAACAAGAAGACCACGACGAACCAAACCACCAAGUUCCAGCAGCUGCAGCAGCGGUUCAGCCAGAUCGAGCUGGGCGGCAAAGACGUGCCGCUGCUGCGCAACAUUAACAGCAUCGGGGACAACAUCUUGACUGAACACGACUUGCGUUUAGCCUAUCAGUCGCAGUCGGAGGAAAAUAGGAAGUUGAAAAAGCAGCUGGCCAAUAGCGAGCAAAGGGUGAAGGAGCUGGAGGAGAUGCUACGGCGAUUCACCAGCAAGUAACCGGCUUCGGCAAUGGGUGGUACGAAAAGUCGCCGCUUGUGACAAAUUAAGCGCCACGUUCGCCCAAUAAAUGGCGGCUUUUUUCGCGUACAAGCUGGCAGAAUUAUACUUUUCCGCGUCCACGGCUGCAUUAUGGCAAAUAGCGCUUGCGAAAUUCACCAUUUGCAUUAAGUAUAAUGUUUACUUAGUUGUGUUUUCGCGCCUUGCUGGUCAGCAACAGCACAAAGUACGCAAAUUAGAAGUUCUGGAAAAUUGAAAAAGGAACUUUAUCAAAUUUGGUAUGUGGUUAUAAUUAGAUGACAUUCGGACAUUAAGGCAUUAAGGCUAUUAUGGCAAAUACAUUGCUCAGAUAAAAAAGAAUUGAAACUUUGCAAUUUCAAAUGGAAUAUUGUUAUAGAUACACACACGAUAGUGUAAACAUCUAAUUUUUGAAAUAAGAAUAAACAAAAUUGGUACACCAGAUUUCACACAACCAUAUGAUUUCACAGAUUUUUCAAAUUUUGCAAAAUAAUGUUUGGGUUAUGUGGAAAAUAUAUUCCUUCAUAAUUAAAAAUAUGUUAAGCAAACAUUAUAUAUAAACAAUACAUUAGACACUUUUUUUUAGUAGGAAAGAGGAUUGUCAGUGUCAUAGUUAAAUUAACAAAUAUGAUUUGCGUAAAUUUUGAAGAAUGGUCAUAAGUAUAAUAUUUUUGAAAUUUUUAUUGAAGAUUUAAUUAAUCUUCAAUAAAAAAGGGCAUGUUUAACACAUCUAGUUUGGAAUUUCGGUAAUUCUUAAUUUUCUGUUGAAGAUAGCCUUAGGAGAGUAGGCAUGGCCAGGCAAUGAAAAACUGUACUACCAUUUCCAGGUUUUAUCCUGACAACAAACAAUAGAAAUAAAUAAAUGAUACCGCAAAAUGCCCUAGCAUUGUAUAUUUUAAGUUUAUUAUGAUAGGUAAAAAAGUACAAAAAGUACUGAAAAUUUGCAAUGUUGCCGUUGGUUUCGGCUAAAGUUGACAGCGUCGCAUUUCUAAAAGCAUUUCUAAACGGUAACCAUCGGUCGGAUUUGCAUUCUAGUUUCUACCUGCUUAUAAACUAUUUGAGUAGGGCAGGGCUAAAGGAAGUAAAUAAAAAUUCUCCCGGUCCACUGAUAUUGGUGAAAGUUAAAGAAUUGAGAGUAAAAAAACAAUUUUAACCAUGAACUAUAGAGGAAAUCUCUAAUUUAAUUAAUGUGAGAAUGAGAAGAAAAGUUAGAAUUAAAAGGUUUAGGUUAAGUAGAGAAAAAGGUUAUACACGAAAAUUGUUUACUAUUUGGUGGGGAUAAAGCUAGGACGAAAAUAGGGGGCUAGGGCAUUGAAGUUUGAACCAAUAUUAGGGCUCAACUAGAUUCUGCUUAGUGGGUAAAUGUACAGAAACAUAAUGCAAAUGUGUCACAGAAUUAUCUAAAAUUAUUAAUUUACAUUAAAAAAUAAUUGACGAAAUUAAUAAUUCUCCUUGGUUGGCGGUCAUGGUGGACGAAACAACACCCGUUUCUGCAAAAUCUCAAAUGAUAAUUAUUUUUAUUGGACGCUUUUGGUGCUCCAUCAUUCCUGAAAGAUGUGAUGCACAAACACUUACUACAUCAAUUUUAGACAACUUGAAAAUUCCACUUUAUUAUUUUGGGCAGCAUACCCGUGGUCAUCAUGCUUGUUUUGACAGGAUCCAAAGGCAGGUUUACGCAAACAUUUUGAGUAAUAAAAAUCAUUACGCAUAUUUUUAAGGCGAGUGUUUUUUGCUUCGAAUGGUUCAGUUUAGCUGUUUCUUUAACUCAAGAUUAGAAAUAAACACCUGGCCAAGUGCCAGAUUGUAUUUUUUAAAUAAUCGAUUUUUUUUUAGUAAGAAUACUCAUCAGCUUAUUUUAAACCUACAAGCAAAAUAUAAGUACGUUUAUCGGUUGGUCUUGAUUUGUCUUUCACAGUUUAUAGACAGAAUUUAUAGAAGAAUUUAAUCGUUCUUUCUGCUAACAAUUACCGAUUUCCAGGCUUUCGUUGUAUUGAAAAUUUUUCUGAUUUUAUUGAAACCAGGAUUGUCAGCUUAAAUGUAAAUCUCCUUAGCUUUUGAAAUCUGGACCUGUGUGGAUGUGUUUAAAAUCAAUAGGUCGCUUGGAGUGCUUCACAUUUCUCAAUACUUUUCCUUUUUUCUAUAUGCGCAACAUCCCUGUCACAGGAUAAAAACGAAUUUCCCGGCACCAAGAACUUUUAAUGUACUUCUUGAAAAUAUUCUUGUGGUAAACCCACAAAAAAAUCAGCAUCCUAUUUUUGUUUUACCCCUUCAAAUAUCACUCCAGUUUUAGCCUUUAGAAUACACAAUCCAGUCUCAUUGCCACCACGUCCAGAAAUUGCUUCGUGUCACAAGUAAAUAUUCCUCAGUUCAUUUGCCUGUGGGUUAAGACUGGAGGAAUAUAGAGCAUAUCUCAAUGUGUAAACUGGAACUUUAUAAUUUGUUUAAAUUGUUCAUGUUAUUUUCCUAAAAUUUUGUAUUUUGUUUAAAAAACAGUAAAGUAAUGCUUAGUGCCUCUCCAGAUGACUUAUUUUUUUCGUGUGACAAGUAGGAAGGCACAAAAUCGAUGGGUAAGUUUGCAGGACACCUUAAAAUUUUCCCACCAGCCGCCACUGGUUGGAAUAAUUGAUUACAUGCAAGAGUCUGCGUAAAACGUUUCUCCAAUGUCUUCUUUGUGGUUAGUAAUGCUUUGAAUGUAAGGAAGGACCACGUCCAUCCGCCUUCCUCAAAGAGUUUUUAAGCAGAUAUCCAGGAGAUUUGUAAUAAGAUUUACUCUAUGGAAGUUUCUUUGAAGAAUGAAAAAGUUCUUUGUUAUAAAUAAUUCUUCAGAACUUUUAAUCAUUGCGAAUCACCCUAUAGAGGGCGCCUUUUUAUAUUUAGAUAACAUUAUUGUUAGGUUAAAAUGUGAUAGUAUCUAUUAUUUCCAGUUGACGUCGAUAUUCCUAUUUUUAAAUUUCCAACGACGAUCGUUAAUAAGAGGUAGUUUGAUUGGUGCUUUGAUUUAAAAAAAAAAGAAAAAAUAGAGAUUGUUCAAAAAAAGAACCUCUCAAUUUAGCCCCUAUAUUUUUUACAUUUAAUCGUUUUUUGAUAUAUUUGAUAUUUGAUAUCACCUUUGUGGAGGUAGAAACGGUCGUUUAUGUUAAAUGACCCUUUUCGUUGUAAUUGUCGGGCUCUGUGAGACGUACAGUAUUAACGGUAAUAUCAUUUGUACAUUAAUUCUAAAUGUGAGCAAGCUUGAUGAAGCUUUGGCGAAAUAAUUGUGCAAGAUAUUUUUUUAUUACGAGUGUAUAGGUAAUGUGUUGUAACCGUUGGUGGAGUAAAAGA